AUGACUGGUAAACGCAAGAGAGAUACCGCUGUCGUUUCGCGAUCUAAAAAAUCCGAAGAAACAAGUUCACCACCAGCAGAGGAUGCACAGGAUGUGUUCCGCAAAUACUUCGAGUCUCAAUUCGCGCCUUUAGAAGAUCUACCUUCCAAAGCGACCAAGAACUCCGGUUCUGAUGACGAGGACGAGGAGGAGGAUGACGAUUAUGAAGAUGGGGCUUCCGACUCGGAGGGCGAGGACUGGGAUGGCCUAUCGGAAGACGACGAAGAUACCCCCAAAGUGCAAAUCGUCGAACAUACGGAUGCGCAAAUGAUAUCAGAUGAAAGGAUGGAUAAAAAAGCCCGCAAAGCUCUUCUGAGUGGGAGAUUGCCAACAUUAGACGGACCAUCGAAAACGAACGAGGAACCGCCUACAAAGGAGGAGGCAGCGGAAGACGCGGACAACUUCAAACAUGAUCUCGCAUUACAACGGCUCCUUAAGGAAUCGCAUCUUCUCGAAGACUCCUCCGAUCUCGCUCCGACAGGCAAGAACCGACUCAAGGCCUUAGAUCUACGCAUGCAGUCUAUCGGUGCAAAGUCAUCUCUUUAUGCCCAGCAGAAGAUGCCUGCCGCGCAUCGGAUCGGAAUCAAAGCCAAAGCCAGCUCAAAGGAAGCUAAAAGACGCCAAGAUGCGAAAGAAAAUGGAAUUAUUCUCGAAAAGCCUUCCAAGGUCACAAAAUCAUCAAAUACAGGGCGAAGAGAACGUGGAAUUGGAGGAUCUUCUAUUGGAAAGUUCUCAGGAGGAACUUUGAAUUUGAGCAAGGACGAUUUGCACUCUAUGACAAGUGCUCCGAGACGCUCUGGAAGGGGUGGCCGAGGUGGACGGGGCGGAAGAGGUGGAAGAGGUGGACGAGGAAGAGGAGGGAGAGGCGGUGGAAGGGGACGCGAUUAA